GUGCGCAACCACUGCGCCGACACUCCACCACCAUUCGCCGAAGCGCGCGCAACAUGGCGACCCAGCUUCUCAUUCUGCUCUUGGUAAGUGCCUUCUGGCAGAACACGAGCGCUGAACCUGCUCCCGGUCGUGUUCCCAAAGUUUACAACGCUCUCAUCACUUCGAAUCAAAACCUGGAACCUAGCAAAGCGUACCCCGUGUACCAGCCAGUUCUACACGACGCGUUCGCCUUCUCCUAUCAGCAACCGAUAUUCUACGGUGGAGAUUUACUUGGAAAUGGAAUUGUGCCGGCAUCAAGUUUCACAACGACUAAGGAAACUCGACCGUCCGAAGGUUCACAAGUUUCGACGCUCGCAACAGCUACAGAGGUGUCACCUUCGUCGACUGUAGCUCCUACUACAACUGAAGAACCAACAAAGCAGUCAAAUGAGGGUAGUGCUUCCACCCCAUCUCCUACGCCGCCUAACACCCAAUCUCCUAUACCACUCAACGAGUUUGGUCUUCCACCACAAGUUUUACCUUUAGGACACAUCGACCCCCUAUACAAUGCGUUACCACAAUUUAACCCUUUCACCUACAGAUAUCCCGGAGUCAGGUUCUAUGACCCGUAUGAUCCAUUUGGCUUCAACUCUUACACGAGUUUUCCAGUAUACCGUCCUCUACCAAAUGUUUUGGGACACAGUCUUCCUAUUCUUACAAAAUUAAAUAAUGAGCCUAACAAAAGCCCCGUUUCUGAGCAACAAAAUUCGCAAACUCCGCCCCCUGAACCGAGUGAUCUCAAUAUACUGAACUAUGCUUCACAAGACCCUGCCAUACCCAACGUUCCCCCACCACCACUACCCCAAGGCGGCUUAAAAAAUGAUAAAUCUGAAUAGUUAUAAAUAAAAGUUUUACAAUAAUAUACUUUCUAUCAUUAUAACUAGCAUUAGUAUCAAAUUGAAAUGUCAAAGUUAAAGUCAAAAUCAUUUAUUCCUACCAAAACAUAAAUAGGUACUUUUGAAAAGACAAAAU